CAGCCCGGAGACCACUAUUUAACACACCACGCCAUCACCAUCUCACUAUCCUCACGAACUAUUUUCCGGCUCAAGCCACCAUCCAUCGACCAGGACCGACGACCCGAUACCACCAUAUAUAUAAAUAUAUAUAAAUAAGCUUUAUCCAACAAACAACCAUGGAUUCCUCAUCCCUUCUCCAACUCCAAUCUCAGCGCGUUAACCAAUCCAACGAGGAUCCACAAUUAUCGGUCAGCAAAGGGCUCGAGUUUGAUUGCUCGAUGCCUGAAUAUGACCGAUUCAAUUCGACAGUCGAGUGUCACGAGGAUAAGCAUCUCGCGGACGUGCUCUGUGAUUCAGAGCAACCGAAAAUGGACGAACUCAAGCUCUCAAUUCCCAUGCCGAACUUUUUGAUUGAUCCCCAAGAUGGUCAAUUUACGCCAUACUUUGAGCGCUCGCCUGUUUCGACCCCAGACCACGAAUUUGACGGGCCGAAUUACUUCGAGCAUGCGAACACCUCCCGAGACUCGUCGCCGGACUCAGUGAUGAGUCCUUUACGUUCGCGAGCGACCUCGAUAGCCUUGAAGAAGCUGAUGGAGACCCAGGCUCAGAUGUUACUUGACAUCAGUGCGGCAUGGAAGAAGAAGUACCCGGUGGACUUUUCCUACGAGCCCCGAAGCGUGGCCAACGAUGACGGAUCAUCUGUCGCUAGCAAUCACUGUAUCCGCCAGUCGUCCACCAGCCAGAUCAACUCUCUCCUCCCCGCCAACUCCAUCCUACCCGCCUCCCAGACUCCCCGUAAGAACCGCUCCAUGUCCCAGAGAUCCUCCGCCUCCCUCGUCUCCCUCGUCGACCGUCUCUCGCUCAGAGACCCCAGCAAGACUACUCUCUCCGCUGACGUCGAGAGCUGGAAACGCGACGCGCUUCAGUCUAAACUCAAGGAACAGUCUACCAGGAGCUGGAUCGACUGUCUUCCCCUCUCCGACGAAUUCGAGGACCCUUCUGAAUCCCUCUGACAAAACUUUCUCAUCUCUCUCUCUCUCUCUUCUAUUCUUCCCAAAAUAACCCCCCUCUUAUAAGCCACUCUCCUUUGCUCCGCUUUGUCCUUUACUUCGCCCUUAUUCUUCCUUGUUGUCCUUCUAUAUACAUCACUCUCUUUCCCACCACUUCUUCUUCAAUCCAAACCACCACCACCCAAAAAAACAUUAAAUAUAAAUAUAUGUAUGCAUUGACAUUAUCUUCUCUUUUUUUUUUCUGAUGUGUUUGUGACUAGCCUAUAAUGCCUUGCAUCACGGUGUCUCCACUCACUCUUCUUCUUUCUCUCCCUCUUUUGUUCAGUGUUUCUCUCCUUCCUAUAAAAACAAAAAAAAAACAAUCUUGACUUUUCUUCAUGUUUCGACAACAUUCCUUUCGUUUUUUUAUUCUUAUUUUAUUUGAUUAUGAACGAACCUCUUUUCCUUUCUCGUAGUACCAUCUCUUUGUUCCCCCCACCCCUCCACGUUUUUGUCCUUUCUUUUGUUUGUCUUUGUGUUUUUUUUUCUUCAUAUGUCAUCGUUGUUUUGGUUUUUUUUUUUGGUUGAUCGUUUGAUAAUAAACAAGAUCAUCAUCAUCAUCAUAACAA